AUGGGUGGUGCCAGCAAGGAUUUCACCACGCUCCUAGCCACUACGUUCCACCGAAGCGCCUCGAAAGAAGCCGCGUACGCAAUUGCCGUACGAUACUACCGGCAUAGCAUGGUUCUCAUUCAGGUGGAAUUAACUAACACCGUGCAAGUCCACGACCUUCUAUCGUUUCUAUUGGCACGGUCGUACAACAAUUUUCGAGUGAGUGAAGAUAACUUCUUUGCUCCAGUUGCUACAUCAACUAGCUCAUCAUUUCCGCCGCCGUUACCUAAUCCCUUAACGUGCCCACCACCCAUUUCGCAAGUGAGCUUGGCAACUCCUCGAAGUGAAAAUGAUUCGUUUCCUCCUUCUCUUACAUUUGAAAGAAAAGCUCCAGCCACAUAUAAUCCCAUCACAUCUACUCCUCGCCAUUUAGAGCAAAAACCGGCCUCCCAUCAGAGGUCAUUAAUGCUAGCGACUUCUUCGAGAAAUACUUCCCUCAUGUCUACCUCGACAUCAACAGAUCUGAUGGCAGAUGAUGACACAGAUGAGAACGAUCUUUCUAUAGACAAUCCUUCUGAGUUGCAUGAUAGCGUGACAACAGAAAGAGACGAUGAAGCGUCCUGCCUAAUGGUAAAGACCGCCUCCGAGGAAUCCAGUAUUGACCUUCAACAGCUCCGCAAGGAGAUUACCAGAAUGAGGCGAGGAAAUUUGUUGGGCGGGAAAAUAGAAUGUGCAGUUUGCGAUGAGAAACAUGGAAUCAAGUGCAAAGCAGAAGCUCUUGUCAAGCAUAUAAAUCGGAUGCACGCCAAAAUCCACAUGUAUCGUUGUGGACGUUGUAACUUUUCUGCCCCCGAAAGAUCAUCAGUGAUGACUCAUGCUCGAAAGCACAAAGUUAUCGUAGAUGGAGUUUUUGAUCGACCGGAGGAACUUCUUCUAAUCGAUAUUCCAUUAUCUGCAAGUGAUAUAUGGACGCUGAAGGAGUUGAUGGAGGUGUGUUUCGGUAUUCGAUGGAAGUGCUAG